CACGCCGCGGGCAGGACGUUCGAGCCCCAGAGAAGAGCCAGCCGGUGACUGAGCGCUGUCUUGGUUGUCUCGAAGCUGCCUUGGGCCGCCGGUAACGAGUCCCGGGAGCGAGCGGUCCCGACACUGAAAAAGCAGCCUGGCUCCCGAGGUCUACUCCCUACACCCCAAGGUCCAGAUGGCGGCCAACGUGGGUGAUCAGCGAGCUGCAGACUGGUCUUCUCAGUACAGCAUGGUGACUGGGGCUAGCAGAGAAAAUGGCAUGGAGACGCCUAUGCACGAGAACCCAGAGUGGGAGAAGGCCCGCCAGGCCCUGGCCAGCAUCAGCAAAGCAGGGGCUACCAGCAGUUCCAAAGCCAGCAGCAGUGGGCCUGUGGCCAGUGCACAAUACGUCUCUCAGGCGGAAGCCUCGGCUUUGCAGCAGCAGCAGCAACAGUACUACCAGUGGUACCAGCAGUACAACUAUGCCUACCCGUAUAGCUACUACUACCCCAUGAGCAUGUACCAGAGCUAUGGCUCCCCCUCCCAGUAUGGGAUGGCCAGCUCCUACGGCUCAGCUACAGCCCAGCAGCCAUCGGCUCCCCAGCACCAAGGGACUCUGAACCAGCCUCCAGUCCCUGGCAUGGAUGAGAGUAUGGCCUACCAGGCUUCCCCUCAGCAGCUACCUGCAGCCCAACCCCCUCAGCCCUCAAACUCACAACAUGGGACACAUAGUCUAAGCAACGGCCCUCAGCCUGGAACAGCCCCAACCACUCAGCACAGUCAGGCAGGGGCUCCUACAGGGCAGGCAUAUGGGCCACACAGCUACAGCGAACCUGCCAAACCUAAGAAGGGUCAGCAGUUAUGGACCCGCAUGAAACCAGCCCCUGGGACUGGGGGUCUAAAAUUUAACAUCCAGAAGCGGCCCUUUGCAGUCACCAACCAGAGCUUCAGCUCCAAUUCAGAGGGUCAACACAGCAGCUUUGGGCCCCAGCCCAACCCUGAGAAAACUCAGAACCACAGUGGGCCUUCUGGCCGGGGAAACCUGUCUGGGAAGCCGGAUGAUUGGCCUCAGGAUAUGAAGGAAUACGUGGAACGGUGUUUCACCGCCUGCGAGUCAGAAGAGGACAAGGACCGGACAGAGAAAUUGCUCAAGGAGGUGCUACAGGCCCGGCUCCAGGAUGGCUCUGCCUACACCAUUGACUGGAGCAGAGAGCCUCUGCCUGGGCUGACCAGGGAGCCUGUGGCUGAGAGCCCCAAGAAGAAGCGGUGGGAGGCCCCUAGCAGCCUUCACCCUUCCAGGGGGGCAGGCUCGGUGACCAGGGGCGGGGGUGCCCAAUCCCAGCGAGGGACACCUGGGGCUGGGGGUGCUGGCCGAGCUCGGGGUAGCAGCUUCGCCAAGUUCGGCAACCGCAACGUCUUCAUGAAGGAUAACAGCUCUUCCUCCAGCACGGAUUCACGCUCCCGCUCCUCAUCCAGGUCUCCUACGAGACACUUUCGGAGAAGUGACUCCCACUCAGACUCUGACAGCUCUUACUCAGGGAAUGAGUGCCACCCCGUAGGCCGCAGGAACCCACCCCCCAAGGGUCGGGGUGGUCGAGGGGCCCACAUGGAUCGAGGUCGAGGCAGGGCACAGCGUGGAAAGAGACAUGACCUAGCUCCCACCAAACGUAGCCGCAAGAAGAUGGCAGCACUGGAGUGUGACGACCCAGAACGUGAGCUUAAGAAGCAAAAGAGGGCAGCCCGCUUCCAACAUGGGCACUCACGUCGCCUGCGCCUUGAACCUUUGGUGCUACAGAUGAGCAACCUGGAGAGCAGCGGAGCUGACCCCGACUGGCAGGAGCUGCAGAUCGUGGGCACCUGCCCUGACGUUACAAAGCACUAUCUGCGGCUCACCUGCGCCCCAGACCCGUCAACUGUGCGGCCUGUGGCUGUUUUGAGGAAGUCUCUGUGCAUGGUCAAGUCCCACUGGAAGGAGAAGCAGGACUACGCCUUUGCCUGUGAGCAGAUGAAGUCCAUUCGGCAGGACCUGACAGUGCAAGGCGUCCGGACGGAGUUCACCGUGGAGGUGUACGAGACGCAUGCCCGCAUUGCCUUGGAGAAGGGUGACCAUGAAGAAUUCAACCAGUGCCAAACACAGCUUAAGUCACUGUACUCGGAAAACUUAGCAGGCAAUGUGGGUGAAUUUACUGCAUACCGAAUCCUCUACUACAUCUUCACCAAGAAUUCUGGAGACAUCACUACGGAACUUGCAUACCUCACGAGGGAGAUGAAGGCAGACCCCUGCGUGGCCCACGCGUUGGCACUGAGGGCAGCCUGGGCCCUGGGCAACUACCAUCGCUUCUUCAGGCUCUAUUGCCAUGCACCUUGCAUGUCUGGCUACCUUGUGGACAAGUUUGCAGACCGGGAGCGCAAGGCCGCCCUCAAGGCCAUGAUCAAAACCUUCCGCCCUGCGCUGCCCGUCUCCUACCUGCAGGCCGAGUUGGCCUUCGAGGGCGAGGCCGCCUGCCGGGCCUUCCUAGAGCCCUUGGGCCUGUCCUACACGGGCCCGGACAACUCCAGCGUGGACUGCCGCCUCAGCCUGGCGCAGCUGCCAGCCUUCUGAGCACCCAUCGAGCACGGGCGGGGGCAGGGCAGUGGCCCAGCGCCGCCUUUUCAAAUUUUUUGAGCCAUGGACAUGGGUUGUAAAAAUUUGUGGGGAUUAGGCUCCAGGAAGAGCCAGCAUCCCUACCCCCGUUUCCCACCGGGGACCUGUACAGAGAUUUUUCUACGUUUUUAUUUUUUGUCUCAGAGGGGAUAAUUGGGAGUAUAUAGUGGAGCAGGGUGGGGUGGGGGCUACAGGUUCUGUGUCCACCUCUCACCUCCACUAAUGCUGUCUCAGUGUUUUUUCUCUCUCUCUCUCGAGCUCGUACUCCAGCACCUGACUCUGCGUGCUGGCCCAUCCCAUGCUGGGGGGCCAGCAGAAAGAAGACAGGCUGUCCAGCCCGCACCCGCCUGCAGCGGGGCACCAGCCAGCCACACCCAUUGCCUCGUCUGCCUCGUCAUAGACUCUUGCUGCCCAGCCAUUGGGGCCUCAGUGUUUGGGGUGAGGGAAGCCACUUAAAGACUAUGCCCCACCUUCAGCUCCUCACCCCAGAAAUGCCAGCCAGCACCACCGACACAACCAGACCAGCGCCACACCGCACUGAGGACUCCAAGGCCUUCGCGGGACCAUGCCGGCCGGGCUGCCUCGUCUUACUCAAGUUGUAUUAAGUUGUCUCCGUGUCCCUUCCUCCCUCUGCCCCAAUGUUUCUUCUGAUUUUUUUUUCUUUCCCUCCUUCCUCUUCCCUUCCCACUCCCUGGUUCAACACAGGUAAAAUGGUUACCCUCCCUUCUUUCCUCCCCUCUGCCUUCAUGGAUCACCAACUCACGUCAUGUUUCCUUCUCUUUUCUCUGUGUGUGUGUUUAUUUAAGUUACUUUUCUUCCUUCUCCCCUUUUCUUUUUACCCCCCCCCCCUCUGCCAUGUAACUGGAGGAUGUGCUGAGGUCGCAAACAGCUGGACUGUCGGGCUGCUUUUUUUCCAGAUGCCUCCCUGCCUCCCCUCCCUACCUCUCCCCUCCCCUUCCUUCAUUCUCCUUGAGCAUUGAGUACAGUACAUUUUGGAAGCUUGAAACCAAAAUUAAAGAGAGAGAGCGAGAA